UCAGCAGCCACCUCCUGCUUGUGCGCGGCCGGCGGCCGGCCAUGCCGGGGGCGCGAGGCGGGCGCCCAGGCCCGCCAGACCCAGGGCGGCCGGGCAGGGAUGGCUGCUGGGAGCCGGUGGGGAGCACAGCGGUGGGGCUGCUCCCGGCGCGGCGUGGGACGGCGGGACGCCGCAGUAAGAAACCAAGAUGCUCCAUAAGGAAAGGAUCCCUGCCCAGGACAAAUGAUGGAGCACCACAGAAAAGGGUUCCCCGCUGAAGGGUGAGACAUGCGGUAGGAGCCAGUGCUUCCCACCAAAGAGCGAGACUCGGUCGUGCCGCACAGCCCAGGGCACCGCGGAAGGGACAGGACAUGCGCCACGUCGGCUGCCUCCUCUCAGGACUCCUCUUAAUCCUCAGCGUGACCACCACAGACGGCUUUGCCCGGGCAGGCCGCAGAGUCUGUGCCGCAGCACCGCCGAGCCGGGCGGUCGCCUACGCCGAGUCCCACGUCCAGCCCGUCUACCAGCCCUACCUCACCACCUGCCAGGGCCACCGCCUCUGCAGCACCUACAGGACCAUCUACAGGGUUGCCUACCGGCAGGCGUACAGGCAGCUGCCCCAGCCCACGGCCUCAUGCUGUCCCGGCUGGAGCAGAGCUAACAGCCACGCGCUCAGCUGUAACAGAGCUCUCUGCUGGGUGCCGUGCCAGAAUGGCGGGAGCUGCACCUUCCCUGGCAGAUGUGCCUGCCCACCCGGCUGGACGGGUCGAGCCUGCCAGACAGAUGUGGAUGAGUGUGCCGGCCAGAGCCACGGGUGCGGUCAGCUCUGCAUCAACACAGCCGGGAGCUACUACUGCGCCUGCCGGGACGGCUUCAGCCUCGCUGCUGACGACAAGGCGUGCCAGCCCCUGGUGCCAGCCCCCGAGCCAGAAACCUUCAGCCAAGCAGGUUCCCCCAGUGAAAUGAAGGAAGAAAUGAAAGACCUGAAGAGCAGAGUGGAAGCGCUGGAGCAGAAACUCCAGUUGGUGCUGGCGCCCUUCCACAACCUCAUGCCAUCUGCGCCAGAGGACGUCGGCACAGACCCCAUCAGCCGCUUGUCCCACUCCCUUCAGCAACUAGACAGAAUCGACUCCUUGAGCGAGCAGAUCUCCUUCCUUGAGGAGCGGCUGGAGACAUGUUCCUGCAAGAACGAACUCUAGCCAAGCACCUAAGGAUCUGGAGCAAGCAGAGUGCAUCUGCAGCUCUUACCUCACUCUCCAGCCCCAGGCUGGGGAUGAAGCCACAUCAUCUACAGGAAGGCACAGGGUAGCAGGAGAAGGCUGGUUUCCCAUCAGCAUCUCCAUCAUUUUCUCUUCCAACUCACCUUAUCAAAGGUCACACAGUUACUUCCAAACUGGACUCUGAGCCCUCUGCAUCUCACCCCCUUCCUGCUGGAGCAGCAGCAAAUAAAUGCCUUACCUCGUGCCAUUAGUGCCUGCCUGGCUGUGCCAGAGAGACCGGCUGUGUGUGAAGCUGUGCGGUGCUUAGCUUUGCCUGGCUUUUGCUUAGCGGUACCCUGGGACGUCACCUCCCGGAGGAGCACGGACCUGGCCCAGGAAGGACAGCUGCCCCCCCAUGCUCCCCCAUCUGCUCCCACCCACAGGAGGUGGGGGCAAGUCCUGAGUUUGGAGAACUACAGCCAAAAAUGCCUCGUGGCAGAGGAGGCAGCCCCAAGCCAGGCAUCACGGCAGCGGAUGGGCGCAGCUAGUCCUUGUAAAGGUACGUCGCUGGCUGGGUACGGGGUGCGGGUGCCCUUCCCUGCAGCUUCUGCUCUGCUCUCUGGGAGCAGCCUCCCUCCGUGAGCGCUGGAGGUGGGCUGGCGCCUUGAUGCUUCUUAGCACAGCAGCUGCAGCAGCUUGCUCUGAGAUUACCUGCUCCUGCUCACAGUCCUCUGCACCAUCCCUGUGCCUGACAGAGCAGUAACAAGGAUGAAGUUCUUACAUGGGUCUGAAGGUGCAGAGUCUGUUUUUACUUGCUUUAAUAGAAAACCUUUCCCUGUGCCACUCCCAACAGCACACAGGGACAAGCCUGUGCCACUCAGUAGUGCCAACAGGGUGAGGCCAAGGAGGGAGGGACAGUCCUCUGCGUGCCUGGUUUGGGGACCGAGGGCUGGCACACCCACGUUUACACUGGCACAAGCACCAGCUGUUGGUGUAGCCGGUCUCUCCCAGAUCCGACAGCCGCUGUGCAUGCACCCACCUCCCCCCAGCGUUGUUUGCUCAAGCCCAAGGACACCGGUACAGCAGAGCAGACGUGACUGACCUGGUACAAUACUUUCCUACUUGCCCAGAGCAGAGCUGCAGGAGGACCCGUGUGCCAUGGGGGCAACGGGUUGCUGCAGAGGUUGUACCAAAAUAAAGCCUCCUGCUGUGCACAUUGAGGCUGUGGAAUCGUUACUGAUGGGAAGGGGCUUGCUGCAGGGCCCUGCUUCAAGGUAGGCUCCCGUCUGCACAGGCACCACCUUCCUCUUCCCCUGCGACAGGUCCCUGCAGGCAUUUGUCCUCAUAGUUCAGGCCAGGCUGUGGCUGCGGGACACAGGGUGGGGACAAGGACCUGCCCUUCCCUCUCAGUCACCAAACCCGCCCCCUGCAAGAGCUGAAGGGGCAGAAAACCUCCUGCAGCUGCCCUCCUCCCUCAGCUCCCACACAAGACCAGGAGUCUCCUUUAUUUAAAUAACCAAAGGUAUACUUUUUUUUUUUAAAGCACAUAACAUUAGUCUCAAUCCAAUUAAAAGUGAACAGCAGAUAAC